AUGUUCCGCACGCUGUCUCUGGCCCUCCUCGCACUUGGCGCCGCAUCGCGCGUGUCCGCCGCCGUGAAGACCUGCAACGUGCUCGACUACGGCGCCAAGGCCGACAACUCGACCGACCUCGGGCCCGCGCUGCUCGCGGCGUGGAACAAGUGCGUGAUCCCGUCGUCGACGCACGUGGCGACCGACACGCAGCUCGUCGUCCCGGCGGGCAACUUCCUGCUCCGCUCGAACGCGGUGUUCGACCACGCCGCGUACUGGAACCUGCGCAUCCUCGGCAACAUAUACCUGCCGUACGACCCGAGCUUGGGCGGGACGAUGAUCGAGUUUGACCACUGCACGAACAUCGUGCUGAGCGGCAACGGCGCGAUCUACGGGAACGGAUACCGGUACAGACCUGGCGGAAAUCUCUCGUUGCACCCCGGCCGUCCGCGCCUCAUCCGCUUCCAAAGCUGCGACAACUGCGUGAUUACGGGAGUCACGCUCUACGACGCGCCGAAAUUCCACGUCACGAUCAUCGGGAACAACAACGUCGCGCACAACAUGGCCAUCCACGCUACGAACAUCGGCGAAACGGACGGAUUCGAUAUGAGCGGGAACAACAACUACGUGCACGAUGUCGUCGUCGAGAACGGCGACGAGUGCGUCACGGUCAAGACCCCCACGAACGGCUUCGUCGCGGAGAACCUGGUCUGCAUCAACGGCGCGGGGAGCAACAUCGGCUCGUUCGGCGCAGGCAACAAGGCCGUCGCGGUGCAGAAUGUGGUGUACCGCAACGUGAGCGUCAGCAACUCGGACGCGGGGAUCAUGAUCAAGUACUUCCCGGACAACUCGGGCUACGUGCGCAACAUCACCUACAACGACUUCCGAUUCAAAGCGGCUGCGUACCCGCUGUACAUCAGCGCGUUCUGGCAAGGAAACGGCAAGGACACCGGGAACCUGCAGAUCUCGGACGUGACGUACAACAACAUCGUCGGCACGGGGACGCCCACGCGCCCGCGCGUCCUGCUCGACUGCAACGCGGCGUCGCCCUGCAAGAACAUCAAGUUCAACGGGAUCUCGGUCACGAACACCGUCGCGGACAAGAUCACCCACGCGUGUGGGUCUGGAAUCACCGGCAUUCCCAAGUGCUAGACGCUGCACCUCGGUUGCAUGUUAGAUAUGUUAAAUAAUAUACAAGACUUGUACUUACGCUCCCUCAAUAUUAUAUUCAUUCUUUUAAA